AUGUUCUCGGGGUCUAACUCCUACCUGAGCGGCCAGAGCGGGCGGCCAGGAGGGCCCCAGCAAUUCCAGCAGCCGGGUCAACAGCAGCAGCAACAAGGUGGCUUUCUCAACCCCAAUCCUACCGGCUAUGGAGCUGCUCCAUUACAGCAGAACUAUACGGGCUACCCUGUGCAGAGUCAGCCAACAGGUUUCCAACCUCAACCUCAAGCUCAACCCAUGCAACCGCAACAGACGGGCUACACAGGGCAGGCUUCGCCGUUCACAACAGAGCUUUCAGACAGGAGCCCCCCAGUACCACAGAUCCCCCAGCAAUUCCAAACGGGAGCUCCUCCAAUGCCACCGAUUCCUCAGCAGUUCCAGAACCAGCAACCGCCGCAGCCUCCAGCAGCUCCAGUUCAACAACCUCAGCCUACGGGUUUCUCAGCGAUGGCCGAUAGCUUCAAGACAACACCAUCGGCUCCGGCCAGAGGACGUAGGGUGUCGAAAGCAAAGACCGGUGCGAGGAUACCAAAUAUCAGGCUGUCGUUCAUCACUGCGCAUGACCAGGCAAAGUUUGAGACUCUGUUCAAGUCUGCGGUUGGGGAUGGGCAAACGCUUUCGGGAGAUAAGUCGCGGGAUUUAUUACUACGAUCGAAGCUGGAUGGCAAUUACUUGUCUCAAAUAUGGACACUUGCAGAUACCACCAGAGCCGGACAACUGCAUUUUCCCGAAUUCGCACUCGCAAUGUAUCUUUGCAACCUGAAGCUUAAUGGCAAGCCUUUGCCCUCCGUUCUUCCCGAAAAUAUCAAGAAUGAGGUUUCUAGCAUGGUGGAUAUAAUCAAUUUUGGCGUCGCAGAUAAUGGACCAGACCUUUCGCAGCAGACGAAUGCACCCGAUUUUAAUGCUCGAAUGAACGUAGCUUCGCCGCCUACAAUUCAGCAGCCUCAACCAAUACAGUCAAACUCAGCUCUUUUGACGACACAGAUGACAGGUUUCCCUGCCCAGCAGAACAACUUUUCUGGUGGCUUUCAAGGACAGCAACAGACUGGCUUCCAGCAGCCUAUGCAAACGGGUUUUAACCAAGGUCAGCAAGGAGGAUUGCAGCCACAGCAGACUGGAUUUCAGAAUAUGCCGAAUCCAUCCACAACUGGUUAUACAGGGCCCCGUCCUCCUAUGCCUCCCAUGCCCACUGGAUUUAGCCCGAACCAAGGCCUUUCUCCCGCACAAACUGGGAUGGGCAUGAUUGCUCCGUUGAAUAGUCAGCCUACAGGUCGCCCGGGACAAUGGGGAUUAGUCAAUGCUCCUGCAAGUGGUUUACCAAACAUCGAUCUCUUGCAAUCAAGGAUGAUGCCUCAGCAAGGCCGUGAACAAGGUGCUUUUACAACAUCUGGUCUACAGGGAAAUGCAGUCAUUCCUUGGGCUGUCACUAAAGAUGAAAAGCAACGAUAUGAUGAUAUCUUCAAAGCAUGGGAUGGAUUCAAUAAGGGCUUCAUUGGUGGUGAUGUUGCCAUUGAAGUCUUUGGACAAAGUGGAUUAAACAAGCCUGAUCUCGAGCGAGUGUGGACAUUGGCGGAUCACGGCAAUAAGGGACGACUUAAUAUGGACGAAUUUGCGGUCGCUAUGCAUUUGAUCUACCGGAAGCUCAAUAAUUAUCCGUUGCCAGCUCAGCUACCCCCGGAGCUUAUCCCGCCUUCUACCCGAAACUUCAAUGAUUCCAUUGGGGCUGUCAAAAGUUUGCUUCACCAAGAAUCUGAUUUCCGUAAGAAUUCUGGAGCGAGUCUUUUGCCACAGAAGACUGGAGUUAGCUACCUCAAAAACCAUUCCUUCAGGGGUGACUCAGGUGCUUCUAGAUCUAUCCGAAAGGAUGCCACGGUCUUCAAAAACAACGAUGAUAAUGUUGGUUACAAAUCUAGCGCUCGCCGGAGGCUGGGCGGAUCUGGUUCUCCACGACCAUCUUCUCCAUCUUCGACCUCAAGUGAUGAUCUAUCAUUAGAGCAAAUCCGGAAGAAGAUUCGCGAGAAGCAAGUCCUGCUCGAUGCAAUCGACUUCAAGGAUGAGAAUGCUGCCGACGAGGAUGAUUUGCUUGAUCGAAAGGACCGACGUGAAGCUGAAGAUCUGUAUAAUCGUAUUCGUCGUAUCCAGGAGGAUAUCGACGCUCAUCCUGAUGCUUCGUUGCGAAACGUCGAUUCUGGCGCUGAGCGUCGUAUUUUGAAGCGACAAUUGCAGGUCUUGACGGACAAGCUACCCGAGAUUGCGUCCCAGGUGCGAAGAACAGAAAGAAGCAUUGCCGACGCCAAAAUGGAGCUAUUCCGAUUGAAAGACUCGAAGGCUCACCCAGGUAGCGCCUCUAGUAUUGUUGGCACUGGACCCGGUGGCUCAGUGACCGAAGCGGAUAGACUCAAGGCAAAAGCCAAAGCGAUGAUGCAGCAGCGCACUGCUGCUUUGACUGGAAGAAAGAUUGAAAGUACUGAUGAUGAUUUCGCUGCGCCUAAACGUCUAGAAGAAGAGAAUUCGAAUAUCCGAAAUGAGAAAGAGAACAAUGAACGCAUGGUCAAGGAUGUUGAGGAUAGCGUACGGGACUUCUCUCGCGGUUUGGAGGAUAGUCUCAAGGAAGGAUCUGAAGACUCAACGAGUGAACAUGAGAGACGAAGGUGGGAGGAUGGCCUUGGGGUUGAGGAAGAGGUCAAGGAAUUCAUCUUUGAUCUUCAGAGAUCUAGCAGGUCUUCAAAGGUCAGGACAGAAGAUCGUAACCGAACCACUCAAGAUGCACCACGUGCCGAGCCAUCCCGCUACGAAAGCCCCGCUGCUUCACACAGUGAGCCACGUACGGCGAAGCCUGCAGCUGCUGCACCAGCCGCUGGCGGUACCUACUCUCAGUACAAGACCCCAGAGGAUCGAGCCGCAUACAUCAAGCAACAAGCCGAGCAACGCAUGGCUGAACGUCUUGCUGCCCUUGGUAUCAAGGCACCAAGCAAACCAGGCGAGUCGACUCAGCAGAGGCUAGACCGAGAGAAGAACGAGCGUGCUGCCAAACUUCGACAAGCAGAAGAAGAGGAUGCUAGACGUGAGGCCGAGAGGCAAGCUAGGAUUAACGAGGAACAGGGCAUACCACCUCCAGCGCCCGCUCCAGCUGCCCCUGAACCAAGAGGCACUGCAAAGAAACCACCCCCACCUCCGUCAAGAAAGGCAGCUAAGAGCGACGCCAGUGAGCGCAAAGCUGAAGAAGAGCAGCGAGUUCUAGAAGAGCAGAAGGCGCAAAUUAUCGCUACACAAGAUCUCGAGGAUGAUGCAAAACGCCAAGAAGCUGAGAUCGACAAAGAGCGUCAAGCUUCGCAAGCUCGUCUCAAGGCUCUCGAGGACCAAGUGAAAGCCGGCAAGAUUAAGAAGGAAGAAGAGAAACGAAGAAAGAAGGCAGCUCACGCCGAGACUAAACAAAACGAAGCCAGAUUGGCUGCUCAGCGAGCUGAAAUUGAGGCCGCUCAAGCUCGGGAACGAGAAUUGCAACGUCAGUUGGAGGCUAUGGACGCUGACGAUGAUGAUGACUCGUCAGAGGAUGAAGGUCCAGAGCAAGUUACUCCACAAGCUUCCACGCCAACCCAAGGCAGUCAAGAGCUGGACAGGAAGGAGAUAUCACCGCCUACACCUCCAGUACCAGCUUUCGUCCCCCCUGUGCCCUCUCCAGCCGCGACGAUACCCCUUCCAGUUGCUAGCCCACCAACAGCAGAUACCGAAACAAAGAACCCAUUCUUGAAGAAACUUGCACAGGCCGGCGGCGAGGGACCAUCCCCUGCCGCUCAAUCCUCGGUCUCCAACAACCCAUUCCACCGCCUACCAUCCCAAGAGGUCGCAAAAUCACCUGAGCCCAUCGCUACUCAACCUACCGGUAACCGCCCAUCCCGUGUCCGCCCAGAAGAAGAUGACUGGUCCGUCGUCGGUUCCGAUAAAGAAGACGAUUCAUCCGAUGAGGAAGGUCCUGGAGCAGGCAACGCCCGUCAAUUGGCGUCCAUCCUGUUCGGCACUAUGGGUCCGGCCCGUCCUCUCUCCGCAGCAGGAACAGGCCCCGGCUCCACACCCACAAGCCCUGCUCCAGCUCAUGAUUCUCCCGCCGCUCCUCCACCACCAGCCAUGCCUUUCUUCGGAGCUCCUGGAGCUCCCCCACCUCCUCCACCAAUGCCAAGCGGUGGUGCACCUCCCCCACCACCUAUGCCCAACAUGAGCGCCCCGCCUCCUCCGCCUAUGCCAUUUGGUGCUCCUGCUCCGCCGCCUCCGCCUAUGCCUACUGCUGGUGCUGGUGCUGGUGCGCCCGCUGGAGCUGGACGUCCUUCUGGGUUGUUGGGUGAGAUCCAGAUGGGGAAGAAUUUGAAGAAGACUCAGACCAAGGAUAAGAGUGCUGCUUCGGUUGCAGGGAGAGUUCUGAAUUGA